GGAACAGCUCCCUAUCCGGCCUCUCGGAGGACUGGGAGCCUCUGCUGUGGGCUCCUUUGAGUCCCGAGUGAGUGAGGCUGACCACCGUCCAGAGAGGCCUCUGGAGUGAAGCCAAGGGGAGGAGGAGGACCCUGCUGCCCCGGGACACGAGGCAGCUCCUGGAACCCAAAUGAGUGAGACAUCCCUCAUCGGACCCGCAGCCCGUGGAGCCGGCUUCAAGUAAGAGCUCGGAGAGAGAGCAGAGCAGGAGCAGACGUGCCUCCUUACAGCCCAGCGUGAACCGUGCCGGCGAGGCCGCACGGGGAAGAUGAGCCUCCUCAAGGAGCGGAAGCCAAAGAAGCCACACUACAUCCCCCGGCCCCCGGGGAAGCCCUUCAGGUACAAGUGCUUCCAGUGCCCCUUCACAUGCAACGAGAAGUCCCACCUCUUCAACCACAUGAAGUACGGGCUCUGCAAGAACUCCAUCACGCUCGUGUCCGAGCAGGACCGUGCCCCCCGGUGCCCCAAGCCGCGCUCCUCAGACCCCGGGCCAGCUGGGCAGCCCGGCCCCACGGCCACGCCCGCCUCAUCCAAGCCUGGCCUGGGGGCUCUCGCGCACCUGGACACCAAGCCCCAACACGGCCCGCCCACGGACGAUGCCAAGGAGAACCCAGACCUGCAGGCACGUGGGCCCCACAGGGGUGCCGGGCAGCGGCCUGCUCUGCACAAGGAAGAGGCGCCCCCAAGCCCCGCUGCGGAAGCCACCACGCGCACCCCUCCUGCCACGGAAGGCGCCACGCGGCCCUCAGCCUUCGUCCCCAUUGGGGAGCACAGGCUCAAAGGGCAGGAGCUCACCGAGGCUCCUGAAGCGCUGGCCCCACCCCACCCUGCCGCCAAAGCUGCCUCCUUCCACGCCAAGUCCGCCUUCCACGCCCCUGGCUACCCGUGGAAAGCGGGCUCCCCCUUCCUCCCGCCCGAGUUCCCCCAUAAAAUCCCCUCCACCAAGGGGUUUGGAGCCACUGCCCCGUACAUGCACCCUGCAGUCCCAGAGUACCCACCACACUUCUACACCGAGCACGGACUGGCCACCAUCUACUCGCCCUACCUUCUAGCCGGGAACCCGGCCGAGUGUGACAGCCCCCUGCUGUCUGUCUAUGGAGCCCAAGACCAGAGACACUUCCUGCCUCACCCAGGGCCGCUCCCUAAGCACCUGAACCCAGCUCCGUCCACGUACGACCACUACAGAGUUUUCCAGCAGUUCCACUCCAAUCUGCCAAUUCCUUAUGGAUUUUACAGACCAGAGUCUGCCUUCUCCUCCUACGGUCUCAGACUUCCACCCAUCGCUGGCAUUUCGCGGGAUCAGAGCCCUCACCUACUGGAAGAAGCCACUCUGGUCUACCCAACCUCGAGUCCAUCCAAGAUACACUCUUCCAGCUCCCACAGAAAACACACAGAGUUUGAGAAAGAGGGUCCGACUCGCGAGGCUAAGGACCCUUCCAGAGACGGGCAGAGGGACCCAGAAGGCACCAAGAUGAGCCCGCGUGCAGGCAGUGCGGCCACAGGCUCUCCGGGAAGGCCGAGCCCCACCAACUUCACGCAGACCCGCCAGCCGUGCUCCGGGCUGUGCGGGCUCCCAGACCAGCCCGCCUCCAGCGGGCCGGGCAGGCUGCAAGCACCACAACAGAGCCCCGUGGCCUUCCCACCAGAGUGCCCACACCCCCAGCCUCCAGAGAGCAGAGACAAGUCCCCAGAAAGCCUCGAGGCCGGCAGUGCAGAGGCCCCGGCUCAGACCGGACACACCUCUCCUGGCCCAGACCCCACGCCCUGCAGCCCGGAGGACAGCUCCAGGACGGCCCCGCUGAACCUCUCCAAGAAGCCAGAGGUUGAGCUGACGGCCACCCACACCCCUGCCUACGGAGACUUCACGGAGCCGCAGGAUGUGCCCCUCAACCUCUCGGUGAAGGACCCCUGCAACGCCCUGACCCCAAGGCCAUCCUUCCACAGCCCCUCACGUGGGCCCGAGCCCACCACGGCCCCCACCAUGCGGACGGAGCCGGCAAGUUCUGGGGAUGCGAGCCCCGGGGAGGCCCCGGACACACAGGCGGUGGACAGCGAGGAGCAGAAGCAGACGGCGGCCGUGGCCCUCUGCCAGCUGGCGGCCUACAGCGCAGGGACCAGCCGGCCAGGCGAGGGGGAGCCCACGGCCCAGGAACUUUCCCACCACACCCCAGAAAGCCAGGAGGCUCCGUGUGACCUCAGACCCAAAGGGCAAAAGAGGACAAGUCCAAGGGAUGCAGGGAAGUCCCAGCAGGGAGCCAAGAGGGCCAAGCCCAGUGACACCACCAGGGUGUUCACGCUGCGGAAGAGAACUCGAGUGUCCUAGAGCCACGGCCCCAGCUGAGGCACAGCACACACAACCCUGGCUCCCAACGCUUUUCCACCAGUCAGCUUUUACAAUACGGUCUUCUUCUCAAAAAAGAACUGCAAUGAAGCUGCAUUCAAUUCAGUUCUGUAAAUGCUAAGCAUGAAUGUUAAAAGCUGCUUCCACUUUGGGGUGUAAAAUAUUUGAAUGACUCACACUUAAGACUUAAUGAGUUCAACGUUCUGUAAAAGAUCAAAUGAAAUGCGUGGGACUGAAAAGUAACUUUUGGGUGUUAGCAUCUUAGAGAAAAUCUCUUUAAAACACUUAUAAAUAGCAAUAGAACAAACUGUUCAACUGUUUUUCUAUUAAAUCUGUGUGUUCUGAGGUACACAAUUCCUAAAAAAAAAAAAAAGCCAA